AUGGCUGGGCUCGCAGAAGACGAGGCGCGAGUCGUGAUGUGCCGGUUCGUUUCUGGCGCGCUCGUGCAGGAGGCAAUCGACUUUCGCAGUACCGAGUAUAUCGCCUUCUCGCACGUGUGGGGCUCGCCAGGAGAAUAUGCCUGGAGAGAUGUGGCGGGGAUUCCAUUCCAAAUCAUCGUCUCGGAGUCGAAGGCGCGUUUCCUGGAACGAAACCUUACCAACCUUGUCGGGGAUGCCUAUUUCUGGAUGGACGUCAUAUGUGUUGACCAGGGCGAGGAUCCGAAGAGCGUGGAGAACCGCGUGAAGAUGACGACUCUAUUUCCUGACAUCUUCAACCGCGCGAAGAGAACCAUGAUAGUGAGAGACGGUCUCGGAUUUAAGGCCUGUUGUGCUGGGGUCAUCGGGCAGCUGCCAGACUGGAAGGCCUAUAGAUCCGCUCAGCAACGAUGGGCAGAUCAUUGGAGAGAUGACCAUCGGUCUGAAGCCUUUUACGAAGGGAUUCUGGAGCGACUUUGGCCUUUGCAAGAGGCUAUAUUGUCCAAUAGCCUCCAAUUCGUGACUUGCGAGGAAAGGGUGAAGAAGCAAAGGCGGAGCUUCGCAACCGCCUAUCCGGAGAUGCAUCAAGCCGCAGCUUUUCUGGACCGCUUGUGGACAUUGAGUCACGCAUGGGCUUCAUAUGGAGGAGGCGGAGAUAAGCUCCAGGAAGAACAGCUCUCCUUCGUGCGGGCUAUGUUGAACAAUGGCACGGUCGCGCGCCGCACUCUGGUCCGCUCCCCGUUCCCUUCUGAACUUGGUGCCGAGUUUGUGAGCCAGAGCAACAGCAUCCGGGAAGCUUCUAAGGUGAGGGAUUUCAUCCUUUGCACCAUGGCUCAAUAUGACUGGUACAAGCCCCCGCGACCGGAAGAUGUGCGAAGGAUGGACAAUGAGCCGGGUGGCGCCUUCCCUCGCCUUUUCAAAGACUGCUUCAUCCAAGCUCGCGAGGCCAACCGAGCAGUGCUCCCAAAGAUCACGAGCGGCAUGGUGGGCGAAAACACAGACACCCUAGCCACCUCCAACAUGCCAAUGCCUAAGUGCCUGGGAGAUCUGGUAAAGUUGUUUGGGCUAGCGACAAUGGGCGCUCCACGCCAUGACUCGGACGUAGCAGCAGGACUUGAUUUCGGACCCGUAGAUAUCCGCACAGUCCAGCCGGACUGUAUGGCGGAAGUCCUUGAUAUCUUGGAGAGGGCCAUCAUCUUCUCACGACCGGCGUGGGGUUUCGCCAUCAAAGGCGAACUGAGCCCUUUGGCGGCCUGGGCCGACGACAAGAAGUUUAAAACAGACAUAGACGAAAACUCAUGUUUUAACAACGCACUGCAAUUCCUGCAUCUUAUGGCCAUCGGGAUUGUGAACAAAGGCGGGGCUCUCAUGGAUUACAAUUCGUUCAAAGUUGACCUCAUCAGAGCCAAUCCCCUCAAUUACGCGGAACCUUUGCUGCGCCUAGCGGCCCUCAUCUGCUGCGGAAUAGGUGUUAGUGCAUACGCAUGGUCGACGAAGGUCCUCGAGCCUGUCAUUGUCGAUGUUGGCGAGCAUGAAGUCCUUGGACUUUUGUCCAAAUCAGAAGUUCUGGAUCUUGAUUUCGUAAAGGUCGAAGAGUCUUGGAAUAGUCUCUGGCUGGAGGAGCCAGUGCAGUGCAAGAGCCUCUUCCAUAUUGCGCAUCCUCAACCAUCCAACUUCCGCAUCGAAUUUCAACAUGUGGUCAUCACGAGACCCGGCGAAGGUCUGAAGCCCCGGCAUCGUUGCGUAGGGCUGCUUUCUGCGUUCGGGAGCGAGCAUGAGGAUGGACACGUGCGAGCGGCCCGGCUCAGUGAGCUGGGACUUGGUCCGCGCUAUGCCGGACUCAAUGUGAACCUGAUAUGA